AUGUCCUCGACAGCCUUCCAGCCGGACCUCUCACUCGCGGCAAUCUUUCCCCGUAACCACUAUGAUCGUCUGAGCUUCUACGCCGAACCUAGCAGCCGCCCACAUUCACGUCUCCUGUGGGCGGCCCGCGACGCAAGCGCAGAGUGGGCCCGUUCCGCCGCGCAACACGAUUGGGACACACUCGAUGAUCUGACAUUUCGACUCGCCGUGUUCGACAAAACGUACGAGCUGAAUCAGGCGCAGUGGGCGACCCGGCCGCGGCCAACGCCCAGCGAGUGGCAGGACCAGACGAACGGACUCAUGGCUGUCGCAUACCUGAGUGCCGGGCGCGCGCUCCGCGACGCCGGGCAGCUCGCGCGCGUACCCCCCGAGCGCGCCGUGCUCGAUUUCUGUCGCACAGCCAUGGACGUCUGUGCUGUGCCCUUCAUUGACAACGGCCCCCGCAAGCCCUCACCGUUCACUCACGACACGCUUGCCACCGUUCUCGGCGCAUACGACCCGCUCGUCCGCCACGCCGCGCUCCUUGCAGCCUCCGGUUCCACCGACACGGCGUCGUUCGUGUACCAACCCGACACUGGUGUGUGGGUCCUAGACGACGACGUGGUCCCGGCCCUCUCGUCCGAUAAGAGCCAAGACAGCUCGCCACGGCAUGCGACCCGCCGCUGCUCGCAGGCGUCCUCGCCUGCGACCCCACCACCGAGUCGCCCAGCAUCGACUGCUGACCUCAUGCUCGAGGACAGCCGCUGCGACAGCGUGCAAAGCGAGCGCCCACCCUUGUCGCUGGACAUGGACAAGUGA